UUUUUUUUCUUUCUUUUUUUUUUUUUUUUUUAAAGUUGAUUUAAAGCCAUUUAGGGUAACAUCAAAAUGUCCAGCAGCGUUCCAGCUGAUAUGAUAAAUUUGCGCCUCAUCUUGGUAAGCGGGAAAACAAAAGAGUUCCUGUUUUCACCGAAUGACUCUGCUGCAGAUAUUGCAAAACAUGUGUAUGACAACUGGCCAAUGGAUUGGGAAGAAGAGCAAGUCAGCAGUCCAAAUAUCUUGCGACUUAUUUAUCAAGGGAGGUUUCUUCAUGGCAAUGUGACAUUAGGAGCAUUAAAACUUCCUUUUGGCAAAACAACAGUGAUGCAUUUGGUGGCUAGAGAGACACUGCCAGAACCAAACUCUCAAGGUCAAAGGAACCGUGAAAAAACUGGAGAAAGCAAUUGCUGUGUAAUCCUGUAAACCCUGUUAGCUUUACCUGCUAAGUGUGAUGUAAUAUAGUCUUUGUCUUUCAUGCUGCUGGAAUAGAAGAGGCCCUACCUUGCUUCAAACACCUGUAGGAAGAGCCCGUCUGUAAAUCCAUGGAACUGAAAUAAUACACGAACACUGUCUCAUUAGUCUUUUUUUUAAAAACAAAAAGUGAAAGAUCUAUGAACACUUUAAUUAUUUUUUUUAAAUUCCUCCUUUGUUGAAUAAUCUUACAGUACAUCACUUUUGAAAGAAUUCAAUCUCCAGAAAGGUUUGUGUUCUUUUCCAUAGCAGGAAUCUUUUUGCUACCACGAAAAUCUGCAUUAACCGGAUCUAACCAGUCAAGCUUUCUAGAUGCAAUUUGCACUAAAUAUGGUUGACAGUAUAUUUCUCCUCAACAAUCUCUAACAAUAUUUGAGACACCUAGUAAUAACCCACAAUGUAUAAUGCAACACUGGAAAAGAGUAUAUUAAUUAUUAAAACAAAUCUCACUUAUGGCCAAAUCAAAGGAAAAACUGUUAAGUCAAUUCUACCUAAGUCAACCUCGGAGGCCAAACUGGCACAGAAUACUAACUAAACCAAGUCUAACGAUAUAUAUUUUCACUGCAACAAAGAAAAAUUACUAUGUGCCUGUAAUUUAAAAGCACUCUGUAGAGGGCUGAUGAAACUGAUUUUUUUGUUACUGUGUGCACUCCAAUCGUGUGUUAGUUGAGUGCUUAUUCAGACAGCACAAACAAGUGCAGAGAGUGCAUUUCCUAGCCUUAAUAUGGGAGGGGUAGUUUCCUGUAGUUCAUAGGCUUUUAUUAUUGUGCAUAAACGUUAGAAAACAUCAUUUACUAAUCAAUUUUAUGUAUUUGAAUAUUGGCAAUUGGUGUUUUUCAGUCAUUUUUCUCAUCUGUACCUUAGACUCCAGUGUCAUGCUUACUCAUUAGAGAUUUCAAAAGAAUUAUUAAAAUUUAAAAAGCAAAAAGAAAAACUUCUGCCAUAGUACUAGUUUUGUUUCUUUACGUAAUCUGCAUUUGGUAUUAGUGCUUGCAAUGGUAUUAAAAUCAGAAGCUGAUUUUUGAAGGCAUACAUAAUUGAAAAAGGAUGCCAUUCUUUUAUUUCAUAUCAAUAAUUUAAAUGUUGAUAUGCUAAAGAAAUUUGCACAGCACUAAAGCAUGAGCUAGUUUCAUCUAAACCUGUAAAAAAUAAACAUAAAGAAAAAUUAAAA